AAUUCAGCAGUGCCUUUUGUCUUUCUCUCUCUCACUCUGCAAACACACACAAGACUGUUGUGCUGCUCCUUGCCUCCCUCACUCUCUGAAUUACUCCGUACCUAUUAAAGCAGCAGACCUCUCUCCCAACCCUGCAGAGCACAACUUCCGAAACCCACUCGCCCCUUCCCCACCUUCAUCCCAACCCUUUCCCAUUACACCAAUGGACCAGGUUCAGCCGAUGUUCCGGCCGCCGGAGACGCCGCGGGAGCCAAUGGAAUUUUUGGCCCGUUCCUGGAGCCUCUCUGCUCUCGAGAUCUCCAAGGCUGUCGCUCCUUCUCUUGCCACGGGAAGGAAUUUCGCCGCCGGCACUUCCUCUUCCGCGCCCAUCCCGGAGGACAUCGUCGGCGAGUUGGAAGACGAUGCCGCCAUUCUUUCCGGCAACCCUUUUUCUUUCGCUUCCUCCGAGACUUCUCAACUCAUCAUGGAACGCAUUAUGUCUCAGUCUCAGGAUGUAUCACCACCACGCACAUCUGGCCGCUUAUCUCAUAGCAGUGGGCCUCUCAACGGUGGCUCUCUUAGUGACAGCCCACCGGCCUCCCCUUCCCAUUUGGAUGACCCAAAGUUAUGCCGCAUAAGUAACCCACCACCAGUGAACAACCAGUUCAAGAACAGUGGUGCUACCAUGGCUGGCCCCAAUAAUGGUGGUGGGAAGACAGUGGGAAGGUGGCUGAAAGAAAGGAAAGAAAAGAGAAGAGAAGAAACAAGGGCCCACAAUGCACAGUUACAUGCUGCCAUUUCCGUUGCCGGCGUUGCGGCUGCAGUGGCUGCCAUGGCUGCUGCCACGUCAGCAGCCGGGUCGUGCAAGGACGAGAGUGUGGCUAAGACAAACAUGGCUGUUGCCUCUGCUGCCACUCUGGUGGCUGCACAGUGCGUCGAAGCUGCUGAGUCUAUGGGGGCAGACCGCGACCAUUUAGCUUCCCUCAUCAGCUCCGCUGUAAACGUUCGAUCUGCUGGGGAUAUCAUGACACUCACUGCUGCUGCCGCCACCGCUUUACGUGGUGCGGCAACACUGAGGGCUAGGGGAAUAAAGGAAGUUUGGAACAUGGCAGCAGUGAUUCCUGUAGAGAAAGGUGGUGGAGGAGGAGGAGGAGGAGGAACUGCCAAUGUAUGUAGCCAUGGUUGUUCAAAUGGUGAACUUCUAGUGCCAGAGGAAAACUUUCUUGGCAUUUGCAGUCGGGAAUUGCUUGCCAGGGGUUCCGAGCUACUAAAACGAACGCGGAAAGGUGAUCUUCAUUGGAAGAUAAUAUUUGUGUAUAUUAACAGAAUGGGUCAGGUGAUGUUGAAAAUGAAGAGCAGACAUGCUGCUGGGACCAUAACAAAAAAGAAAAAGAAUGUGGUGAUUGAGGUCUUGAAAGACCUUCCGGCUUGGCCGGGGCGGCACUUGGUGGAGGGCGGCGAGAACUUCCGAUACUUUGGGCUGAGGACCGUUUUGCGGGGAGUGGUCGAAUUCGAGUGCCGGGAUCAAAGGGAGUAUGAGGUUUGGACUCAAGGUGUUUCAAGGCUGUUGGCAAUUUCUGCAGAAAAGAGUCAAAGGAAUACACAUUGAAGGGGAUGGGAUCAAACAAAACACUCUCUCUGUCUGGUUCAAAUGAUGAUUGCAGUAGAAAUGGUUUUAGUGCUGCCUCUUAAGCUUUAGUUAACCAAUAGUUUUUGAAAUUGGGUAGGCUUGUUUUCCACUAUCUCUGUCCCUCCUAGUCAUUUCAAGAAGUUCUUUUUGUAUAAAAAAAGAAAAACAAAAGAGAGCAAUGAAAUGGGCCUGUUUUGAUAGGCAGAUGGGUAAUUUGGCUUUUGUUAGCUGCUAAAGUGAGCCCAAGUAAAGCAAGAGAAACCAUGUGAUGUGUGUCUUUGUCUUAUUUUUUUUGUGAAGUACAAGGAAAAGGGGCAUCCUUGGACUGCUCCAG